CCGCUUGCAAUUUUAUCCAUUGUUUCAGGAACCCUGGUGAAGACUAUGAAUGGGCAAAUUUGGACAAACCACCCCCAAGAUAUUGGGUGAGAAAGAUGGUUGCUUUAUUUGGAUAUGCUGAUGAGGCUGGGUUUGAGAAACAGAUAGAACAAGAGCAUUCAGGGCAUUCGAGGAACCCUAGCUGGAUGGUAAAGUCAAAUGAUGACAGCACUAAUCAUUCAUUGAAGGAAGUUGGGAUAUUUUGGAGUCUAUUGAUGAUAGUUUCUUUUUUCUUGCAAGCAGCUGAUAGUGUGCUUAAGGAAGUAAUCUUUUUGGAUGCCGCGCAACGAUUAAAAGGCGGGUCAGUAGAUCUAUUUGUUGUAAAUUCCUAUGGUUCUGCAUUUCAAGUAAGUACUGUGUAAUGAGUUACAGUGUUAGGUUCUCUGACAAUUUUUACUUGAAGUCUCCUUUCAA